GUCGCCUUAUAGGAACCGCGAGACGUCGUGUUCUGUACAGGCGUCAACCAUGCCGUCGCUCUCCGAGACCUCAGCCGGCCCCCUCCUCGUCUGUUUCGCCAACUUCCUGUCCAUCCUCCUCUUCCUCGGUUCCCACACCGCCCACGGGGCUUCCCUCAGAGACCACCGACUGCGGGGCGGUGAGUCAGACUCCCACAGGGGGGACGUCCUCCAGACCCCCAACGUGGACAUGCUCAAAGCCUUGGAGUACAUCCAGGGCCUCCGUCAGAGAACCGGCGCGGUGUCCCAGCGGCACGACGCCGCCUCCAGCCACGUGGACGACGCCGAGAAGCUGCGCGCCAUGCUGAGGCUGGUUUCUAACCCUAUGCAGAGCAAGGAGGAGGAGGAGGAGGAGGAGGAGGAGGAGGAAGAGGAGGAGGGGAGGGAGGACAAGAGUGAGGAGCUGCUGCAGGCCGUGCUCAGCACCCUCCAGCAGACGGAGAAGGCCUCCAAGCCGGCGACCCCCAGGCCGCAGCCGAAGCAGCUGCACGGCAUCCUGCCUCACAAGAAGCUGCCGCUGAUGUUCGAGGACGAGGAGGAGGGCGAGGGGGACGAGGGGGAGGAAGAGGAGGGCGAGAGGGGGCGCCAGAGCCCCUUCAAGCGCACCAACGAGAACGUGGAGGAGAAGUACACGCCUCAGAACCUGGCGACCCUGCAGUCGGUGUUUGACGAGCUGGACAAGCUGACGAGUGUGAAGAGCGUGCACAGGAGGCAGGACGAGGAGGAGGACGAGGAGGAGGAGGAGGAUGGUGACGAUGAUGAAGAUGACAUGUUUAAUGUGAGGAACGUGGGAUACGAUGACGAGGAUCUUGCAGACUGGGGCACGCCUCAAGAACAGGGAGAGGAGGAGGAGGAGGAGGAGGAGGAGGACAACAAACACGAGGCCAACCGAGGUCUCGAUUACGUCGACGACAACGAAGAGGAGGCCGGCGAGGACCCCGACGACGAAGAGGACCCCGACGAAAGCUACCCGGUCAAGAGGUCGAACGACGUGGGCAACCUGGUGGACUACUACCUCCUGAAGGUGCUGGAGAAGACGGAAGAGGAGGAGCGGAAGCAAGAGAUCGAGGAAGAGGAAGAGGAGAAACAGAGGGCGGAGAGGCGAGCGGCCCAGACGCAGUACAGAGACAACAUCGACCCUCGGGCCGUCUACCAGCUCAUCCAGAUCUCCCAGAAGUACCAGAUCCCGCCCGAGGACCUGGUGGACAUGCUCAAGACCGGAGAGACGAUGAAUCAGGACACGUCACGGAAGAGCAGCGCCGGGUCAUCCAGAGCAGGAAACGAGCGCUCUCGGGUUUCCCCGAAGAAGACGUACAGGAUCCCCGAAGCCAAAUUCUACAGCAGACGACAGAAGACCCCCGAGGAGCGGCGGACGGAGGAGAUCCUCAACAUCCUGGGCCUCGGGGCGGCGGAGGACCAGAAGCAGCACCAGAGCUCGCCGUCGCGGCUUCCCGCUCGGCUUCCCGCGGGGCGUUCGUGGGCAUCCGCUCCCGCGCAACGGCGCCCGGCCCCCGUCGCGUCGAAGGACGACUACGAGGACGAGCUGGCGGCGGCGUACCUGGCGGCUCAGAUGCUGCCGCGGUACCCGAAGCCCGCGCGCGGCCGGGGCGGCGAGGCCAGAGGCCAGAAGCGCGACGACGACGGCGUCAUCGGGCAGGGCGCCGCGGGCUCUUUCGAGAGCGCCGCGCAGGCGUAUUUGGACCGAAUGGACUCAGAGAGCAGCCCGGAUGAAAAGAGGCGGUCGGAGGGCGAGGAGACGCGGGCGCGAGGCUUCGACAACGAGGCGGUGAUGAAGCUGCUGAGCUCCCUGAACCCAGAAACGGAAGAAAGUGAUGACAAAACUAUGGGGAUAUAA